GUAUGCAUCUGACAAAAUAAAAAUUUGCUCGUCGAAUGUUGAGUAAACAUUUGUGAAUUAGUGAACCGCGAAACGGUGCUUUUUGGAAAUAUUUUAUUUGCUUUCUCUUUGGUGCAUGUGCAAAUAUUUAUUUGUUUUGAAACUAUGGUAUGGAAAUUGAAAAGUACAAAAUUGUUAAUUUAGCAUGUUGUUUUAUUGAAACUCUGAGAAUUGCUUUAUUAAAUUUUAAUUUCAUACUCGGGGGUGGAAUUCAUAAUUCUGUUGUCGAGAUGAAUAAAUAAAUGAAAAAGAGAAGGUUUUGAUGUGCGACUAUAAAUAUUGAAUGAUGGUGCUUUAUGAUAAUGAGAGAGAACAAAACGAGCAACAAUUACCAGCAGAAUGUUCGUCAUCGAGUCUUUCGAGGAAAUGGUGUAAAUUGAGACAACGUUGUGCUUCGUUUCAUGCAAUGAAAAGUUUGGAUUGUACAUCAGGCGAGGGACCAUCUUCGCUUCCAUAUCAAUUUUAUGAUAACGGAUUACCCGAAACAAUUCCCCAACAACAUAACUUCAUCCUAACUCACGACCCUCGUGUUAUCAUGUUAAAUGGAAAGCCCAUGAUGUAUUCGGUCAUAGAUAAUCGCAGCGGAAGCCGCAACGGAUACUACGCCGGAAACUUUCCUAUGACGUGCGAGCCUAUCAUUGAACAUCAACCGAUUAAACUUUGCAAAUGCAAAAGCCGCAUGUCUGCUUCGUCAUCAUCACUUAACUAUGACAUUAACGAGCCACAAAUGAUGCACGUCCUGAACCAACAAUCACGACUUCAGUAUUUUGAUGGUGAAAACGUUGUGAAGGCUGCUAAACCGAAAACACGAAGACUGAGCCUUUUCGGCAGUGAACGAAAGGCAAAGAAAGAAACGAAUAAGAACUUUGACUUGAAGCAAUUCAAGUCAGUGUCAAUGCGAUGUCAUCAUCACCAUCAACAUAUGAUGUACUUUCAAGAGCAACAAAUGUUAAUGCGACAACAACAAGAAGCCCAACAGCAGUCAAAAGAUACGAUCAAGAAUGGAAAGUUCAAUACAGUUGGAAGAAAGAAGCGGUCAAUUUACGACGUGUUUUUCAAUAGCAAUAAAUCAUCGUCAUCUGCAAGUGAAUCAGGCAUCCAACAGCCAACAUUUUACGUUCCUUUACCGACAGGGGAAAAUGGAAGCAUAAGUAAUCAACUAUCAAAGCACCAGCACAGACAAAACGGUGUCAAUCCGAUACGCUCGAUACGUUCACGUUCUGUCUGCGCCACUGACUCGUCGAAUAACGUUCGAACCUUGUUCAGAAAUAUUGAUAGCACACCAACUGCUACAAUUCAUGAACGAAGAAAGUCAAACAGUUUCAACCCACGAGAAUCUCUUGAAAUCACAUCAUUUCUUUUCAAUAAACUUCGAUUAGAUCGAAAUGGUUCAAGCAGUAAAUCGUCGACGUUCUCUGAACGAAGAGAAAGUUCUGAUGGGCAGUCUGAAGGGAAAAUUAGCAACAAAGAAGUGUCGAAUGAAGCGAACAUUAACCAACAUCUGACAAAGGAUGUGAUUGAUGGAAAAGGCAAAGCGACAAUAACGAACGGUAUUGACCAAUGCUCAAUGCCAAAGAAGAAUUCAGUCACGAAGAAUUCGCUUGCAUUAAGGAAAGUGCAAUUUAUAAAGAAACCUGGCUCCAAAGCGCUUGGAUUUUCUAUCGUCGGUGGCAUUGAUUCACCAAAAGGUAAAAUGGGAAUAUUCGUAAAGACAAUUUAUGAGUACGGACAAGCAGCUGAGAGUGGGCAACUUCGAGAAGGUGAUUUAAUACUCUCAGUAAACAAUCAACCACUUCAUGGUGUCACACAUCAAGAGGCAAUUAAUGUUUUUAAAGGAAUUAAAACUGGAAUCGUUGAGAUGAUUGUUGGUCGUGCACAAGCAAAUAUUUCUUCAUAAGUUUUAACUUUAUUUUCACAUAAAUAUUUUUUACCAAAACAAUAAUUUUUUUACUGACAAAAUAAAUAAUUUAACAAAUCAAAA